AUGGACUCCGCUGUUGCUAGUGUAUCUGCUAACCUUAAUUCGGUACCGGUCCUUAAUGGUAAUAACUUUAAGGACUGGAAGGAGAACAUUUUUAUUGUUCUUGGCUGCAUGGAUCUUGACCUUGCAUUAAGGAUGGAUCGUCCUGCUUCUCUUACGGAUACCAGUACCUCCGAGCAAAGGAGGAUUUAUGAGAAGUGGGACCGUUCAAACCGCAUGAGUCUUAUGAUCAUUAAGCGCGGCAUACCUGAGGCUUUUAGGGGUGCGGUGUCCGAGGAGGUCACCGAUGCCACAACUUUCCUUGCUGAAAUUGAGAAGCGCUUUGCAAAAAGCGAUAAGGCGGAAACAAGACACAUGAAGAAGGAAUGUGCUAAGUAUAUUGCAUGGCGAGCAAAGAAAGGGUUGCCUGAGUUACCGAAAGCCAAAUGA